AUGUCAACACCAAAAUGUCUCAAACAACCACUACCGCGACAAGCUGGGGCUGAGGAUCCUACCAUGCCAAGUCCAGAGAGCUUUAAAAAGCCACACUUUACACUUGCCAGUGUUGCAGCCCUGUAUUCAAAUUCCUUCACACCAGGUUUCAGCAAUGCAGAGCAUCAUGCUGCAGCUCAUGCUUUGCUCAGGCAUCAAUCACAUCAAGACAGCACCCACUAUCACACAAAGACCCCCAGCGGUCUUCAUCCCUCAUUUAUCAAGUUUAACAAGAUCUUGACAUUCCAGGAUCAGAAGAUGAUAACCCACGAGGAGUUUGUAGAAGCUGCACUUGAGAACAUUUUUGAUGCGCUUUGUAUGCAAGACCAACUGGAUGGUGGAAUCUCACUUCUCAUUCGUUGCCCUGGGUCUCAGGCAACAGACAGUCUGACGGCUGAACAUAUCGCUGUCAAUGUCUAUGUCACUCCCGUGAACUUCACAAGUUCCCAGAACAG